AUGUUUGACCUUUGCAGGCAGGCUCAAGAGUGCUUUUUUGUUUACUACCUGAAGAGACGAGCAAUGAGUACUGCCAGUGGACCUUACUUGGUUCCGAUUCCGCCAACUGGCCCAGCUCCCAAGUGGCGGUUCCAGCGGGCUCAAGUGGCGGCCUCCAGUGACCGACAUGUGAUGCGCCUUCCGAGGAUCUUGGAAGAAGAACGGAAGCCUUCAAUUGAGACGCUGCUGGAAGAAAGAGAUGCACGACGGCAUCGGCGCUCCAAAUUCCAUGGUGGCGCUUUGGAAUGGAGUCGUCAGGGAAAGCAUGCGCAGCUUUCUCGGCCGAAGCCAGGGCGACGCGAAGGUACAGAAUUUAUAUCACACUCUUUGACUGACAGGAGAUACCUGGCACACAAAGUCGUGUUCUCAAAGGUGGGCGGCCAGGGACAGGUCAUCGCUAGUCAUGUGUUAUGUGUUCGGAUGGUUUCAGAUUCAUUCGGAUGGUUGUAG